UUAUUAUUUUAUAAAAGAAAAAAAAAGAAGAUGAUUCUUAUUAUGUAAGUAUUUUCUGAUCUAAAGAUCAUUAAGCCAUCUUUGUCUCUACUUAAAUUCUUUGUUUGUGCUCAAAUGGGCGCAAAAGAUAGAGAUUCCAUAGCUUUAUUCUUUCGAGCACUAUUCCACCUUGUUUCAUUUAAAUGCUGCUCCGCAAUUUAUAACAUAACUUCAUCCCAAGCUUUAUCUCAGGGCCAAACUCUGGUCUCCUCCAACCAAGUUUUUGAGUUAGGCUUCUUUACUCCCAAUAACACUGCAAACAAGUACGUGGGAAUCUGGUAUAAGCAAGUCUCACCCCGAAGAGUUGUAUGGGUGGCAAACAGAGACAGCCCCAUUACAGUUGCAGACUCUCCACCAAGUCUAACCAUUGGCAGCAAUGGAAAUCUUGAGCUCUUGGAUAGAAACCGCAACUCUGUUUGGUCUACCAAUGUCAAAGUCCGAUCCAAUAGUAGUUCAAUGGCAAUUCUUUCCGAUUACGGAAAUUUAAUUCUCAAAGAUGAUACACAGCACUUAUGGGAGAGCUUUAAGCAUCCCGGGGACACAUUCAUACCAGGCGGAGAGAUGGGUUUUAAUGUCAAAACGGGGGAGAAUUUUUUCUUUACUUCAUGGAAAAGCAACAAUGACCCUUCAGUUGGAAAAUUCACUACGGAAAUUUCAAAAGAAAAACCACCAGAAGCUAUAAUUUGGAUGAACGGAUCAAAGGCAAAACCACACUGGAGAAGUGGCCCCUGGGCUAAAGGCAAGUUCGUUGGUAUACCAGAGAUGAAUACCUUGUAUCGAAGUUCAUUCAAUCUAGUCGAAGAAACAGAACAAGGAACGACAAGUUUUCUAUUUAAUUGGGACUACAACAACUCUACACUCCUAAAUAUGUUGCUCACUUCUGAAGGUGUUCUAAAAGUUGUUAGGAAAACAACAGAUCAAGGCAGUGGCUGGUAUACAGACUGGGAGGCACCAAAGACUCAGUGCGAUGUAUAUGGAGUCUGUGGACCUUUUGGGGUAUGCAACGACUUUGAAUCUCCGGUUUGUAAGUGUAUGAAAGGUUUUGGACCAAAAUCGCUCGAAGAGUGGAGCAAAGGAAACUGGACUAGAGGGUGCGAGAGACGCAGCCAAUUACUUUGCGACAAAAAUACUAGUGGCCUAGCUCAUUCGCGGCGAGGUAAAAAAGAUGGAUUUUGGAAGAUAGGCAGUGUGAAACUACCCCACUUUUACGAAUAUGUGGAGCCAGUAGAGCUUGAUUUUGCUGAUACGGAGAGCUGUCAAAAAUGGUGUCUGAAUAAUUGUUCUUGCAUAGCUUAUUCAUAUUUGGAUAAUAUAGGAUGCUUGGUCUGGUCUCAAGACCUUAUUGAUAUCGAGUGGUUUUCAUACGGUGGUGAAGACCUUUUCCUUCGCCUUGCUCACUCAGAACUAGUUGGAGGAGAUAAAGUUAAGAAGAUAAUCAUCAGCCUUGCAGUUCUUUCUAGUGUUGGGACUAUAGUUGUUAUAGUACUAUGUUUGCAAAGAUGGAAAGCUAGGAAAGAGGGGAACAAUAAGAAGAUCACGGAGCACACUGAUUUGAUACAGUUAAGUGACAGUUUAAAAGAUGUUCAAUUCUCAAAACAACAUGAACCCUCCGACCUUCCUAGUUUUGACUUCGGGACCAUUUUACAUGUGACAAACAACUUCAGUUCAACAAACAAGCUUGGGCAAGGAGGAUUUGGUUCUGUUUAUAAGGGGAAAUUGCAGGAUGGGAAGGAAAUAGCAGUAAAAAGACUUUCUAGUAGCUCAGGGCAAGGCACAGAAGAGUUCAAGAAUGAGUUGAUAUUGAUCUCAAAACUUCAACACAGAAAUCUUGUUAGGCUUUUGGGUUGCUGCAUUGAGAAAGAAGAGAGAUUACUAGUUUAUGAGUUAAUGCCCAACAAAAGUUUGGACAAUUACAUAUUUGAUCCAAGAGGUAGAGAACAGCUGAAUUGGGAUGCACGAAUGAACAUCAUACUUGGAGUUGCUAGAGGUCUUUUAUAUCUCCAUCGUGACUCUUCUUUAAGAGUGAUACAUAGAGAUUUAAAGGCCAGCAACAUUCUUUUGGAUGAGAAGAUGAACCCUAAAAUAUCAGAUUUCGGAUUGGCUCGCAUUUUCCAAGAAACAAUAGAUCUGGCAAACAGUACCCAAAGGGUUGUUGGAACUUUAGGCUACAUGUCUCCUGAAUAUGCCAUGGGUGGAGUGUUUUCAGAAAAAUCAGAUGUUUUUAGCUUUGGUGUCUUGAUCUUAGAGAUAGUGAGCGGCAAGAAGAACUCUAACUUCCAUUAUUAUGAACAGAACCUUAGCCUUGUUGCUUACGCAUGGCAAUUAUGGAGUGAAGGCAGAGGAGUAGAGUUUGUAGAUGAUGCAAUGGGCGGCUCAUAUGUUGAAUUAGAAGCAAUAAGAUGCAUACAUGUUGGGCUGUUAUGCGUACAAGAUCACACCACAGAUAGACCAAGCAUGGCAGAUGUAGUUUUAAUGCUUGGCAAUGAAACAAAUCGUCCCCAACCCAUUCGGCCUAUCUUUACUUUUCACAACUCUCCCAGUUCGCAAAAGCCUACUACAAGCUCUGUCAAUGAUGCCACGGUCUCAAUGAUGGAAGGGCUUUUAUGGAUUGUGUCUUUGCAUAAUUAUCAUGGUAUCAGAGAAGGGGUUUCGUCAGAUUGCAGAAUUUGGGAGCUUUUGUCUGAGAUAGCAUUUGGAAAUUUGUUUUUUGUUUCUGAAAUGGCAAGUAAUAGAGAUGAUUCCCUUCAAUCCAUUAGUGUGAGGUUAGAUGGAAAUAAUUAUUCUUAUUGGAACUAUGUGAUGAAAAAAAAUUUGAAAGGGAAAAAGAUGUGGGGUUAUGUUUCUGGAACUUUAGUUAAACCAACAAAUGACAAAGCGGAUUAUGCAACUUUGCUAGAUAAUUGGGAAGUGGAUAAUUCAAAAAUUAUUACUUGGAUAAACAACUCUAUAGAACACUCCAUAGAGUUAGGAGCUUUCGCACCACAUAUUGCUCAUAGGGAGGAGCAACGAUUGGUUCAAUUUUUUAUGGCACUUCGUGAUGACUUUGAGGGACUCCGUGGCUCUAUUUUGCAUCGUUCUCCACUUCCUUCGGUUGAUUCAGUAGUCAGUGAACUGUUGGCAGAUGAAAUUCGUCUUAAGUCUCAAGCAAGAAAAGGCAUCCUCCCAGCACCUAGUCCCUCUGUUUUGGUUGGAGUUGAUGAAUGUAGCUUCUGCAAACAAAAAGGUCACUGGAAGGCUCAGUGUCCUAAAUUAGUAAAUCGUGCACCUUCGCAACAAAGACAUCAACUCAUACCUCAAUUCGGUAAUCAACCGCCUCAUUAUGGUAGCCAACCACAGUUUGGCAACCACUCACAACCUCGACCAUACCGUCCUUCGCAAUUUAAUGUUGCUGCUACUGUACCUCCAUCUGACUUGUAUGAUUUUGGGGCCUCAUCUUCUAAUCCUGCUCUUUCUGCCCUCUCAGAACAGUUUAAGAAGUUUCUAACCAUGCAGCCACAUGCCAUGUCCGCCUCUUCUUCGAUAGGUCAGCCCCCUACUAGCACUUCAGGUAUGACAUCCUCUACAUGGAUUUUAGAUUCUAGAGCCUCGCACCAUAUGUCUCCACAUUCGAAAUCUUUUGUUUCUUUGUGUCCUGCAUCAUCUGUGCCUGUCAUGACUGCUGAUGGUACUCCUAUGUCAUUAGCAGGUGUUGGUUCUGUUGUCAGUCAUCAUUUAUCACUUCCUAAUGUUUACCAUAUUCCUAAGCUUUCACUAAACCUUGUAUCUGUUGGUCAAUUGUGUGAUUCUGCUCCUAGUGUUGAUCUGUCUUCCUUUCGUUUGUCUCCAUCAUCAUCUAGUUUUUAUUUAUGGCACUCUCGCCUUGGUCAUGUUUCAACUUCCCGUUUAAGAUUCUUAGCUUCUACAAGAACCUUAGGAGAUUUGCAAGUUUAUGAUAUUUCUGAUUGUAGUGGUUAUAAACUUGCAAAAUUUUCUGCUUUACCUUUCAGUAAAAGUACUUCAUGUUCUGUUGCACCUUUUGACUUAGUUCAUUCUGAUGUGUGGGGACCCUCUCUUAUUGCUACAAAAGGAGGGUCUAGAUAUUAUUUUUCCUAUGCAAUUUCUAACAUAACUCAAUCAGACUCAUUAUCUCAAAGACAAACUCUAAUAUCCCCCAGCCAAAAAUUCGAGUUAGGAUUUUUCAGUCCUAGUGAUAAGUCUAGAAAUCAAUAUGUGGGCAUGUGGUACAAGGGAAUCUCUCCAGUUAGAGUUGUAUGGGUGGCUAACAGAGAGAAUCCGCUCGCAGCUUCAGACACUUCUGCAACUCUAAACAUUGCCAGUAAUGGAAACUUAGAGCUUUUGGAUGGAAAACUCAACUCUGUCUGGUCAACCAAUGUUGUCGUCCCUUCAAAUGGUAGUUCUGUUGCUCUUCUCUUAGAUAAUGGAAACUUGGUCCUCAGAGAUGGCAUAUCCGGAGAAAAGCUUUGGGAGAGCUUAAAACAUCCCGGGAAUACAUUCUUACCUGGAUCAGUGCUGGGCUUUAAUGUUAAAACAGGAGAGAAUUUUGGCUUGACCUCGUGGAGAAGUGACAGUGAUCCAUCACUUGGGAAUUACUCUUAUAAAGUUGUCCAACAGGCUCCACCCCAAACCUUCAUCUUGAUUAAUGGAUCAACUCCCUACUGGAGAAGUGGACCUUGGGAUAAAUCCAAGUUCGUUGGUUCACCUGACAUGGAUUCAUCAUACAAAAGUGACUGUCAUCUCGUGGAAGAUCUUGAUAUGGGAACAACUUAUUUGCAUUUUGUGGACCGAUACAAUGGCUCAGCUGUCUUGAAGAUUUUCCUUUCAUCGCAUGGUGUGUUGACAUCUGUAGUGAAACAGAGUGGAAGCAAUGUUUGGGAAACUACAUGGCAAAUACCAGAAAAUGGCUGUGGCGUUUAUGGGGUUUGUGGACCUUUUGGGGUAUGCAAAAUAUCAGAAUCUCCUAUUUGCAAGUGUUUGAAAGGAUUUGAACCAAAAUCAUACGAGGAGUGGAGCCAGGGAAACUGGGCAGGAGGGUGUGUGAGGCGUAGUAAAUUACUAUGCCAUCAAAACGCAACCUCUUCAUUGUCACAAGGAGGAAAAACUGACGUUUUUGUUAAGAUGGGAAUGACAAAACUGCCAGAUUUUUAUGAAUAUUUGGACGUUGAGGGUGUUGAUGAUUGCCGACUAUGGUGCCUGAAUAAUUGUUCUUGCUUAGCUUAUGCCUAUGCUAACGGAAUAGGGUGUUUGAUUUGGUCGACUAAAAGUCCUCUGCUUGAUAUUCAGGAGUUUUCCUCUGGUGGACAAGAUUUUUUUCUUCGCCUUGCAAAUGCAGAACUUGAUGAAGGACAGAUAAGUAAGAAGAAACUUAUUAGCCUUGCAACUAUUUCUGCUGGUGCAAUAUUGUUGUGCAUCAUAGUACUAAUUUAUUUUUGGAGAAGGAGAGCUAAUAAAAAUGUAAACAAAAGUAAGGUGACCACAAAUCACUUGAUCAGUAUGGUUAAGCCCCCAGACAGUCCAAGAAACGUUCUUCAAUUUUCGACUCAGCUGCAAGAACCCCAGCUCCCUUUUUUUGACUUUAGUAGCAUUUUUGCUGCUACCAACCACUUCAGCAUAUCAAACAAACUCGGGGAAGGAGGAUUUGGCCCUGUAUAUAAGGGAAAAUUACAAGAUGGACGGGAAAUCGCAGUGAAAAGACUCUCAAGUAGCUCAGGACAAGGAAUUGAAGAGUUCAAGAAUGAAACCAUACUAAUCUCAAAGCUCCAACACCGAAACCUUGUUCGGCUCAUGGGUUGCUGCAUUGAGAAUGAGGAGAAAUUGCUAAUCUAUGAGUUCAUGCCCAACAAGAGUUUGGAUACUUUUAUUUUUGAUGCAAGAAAAAGAGAACAACUUCAGUGGGGUGCACGCUUUAACAUCAUUCAUUGUGUUGCUCGAGGUCUCGUAUAUCUCCAUCGCGAUUCUUUUUUAAGGAUAAUACACCGUGAUCUGAAAGUCAGCAAUAUUCUCUUGGAUGAGGAUAUGAACCCAAAAAUAUCAGAUUUUGGACUCGCACGCAUUUUCCAAGGACGGUUAGAUGAAGCAAAUACUCUCAGGGUUGUCGGAACAUUAGGGUAUAUGUCUCCAGAAUAUGCUAUGAGUGGUGUAUUUUCUGAAAAAUCUGAUGUCUUCAGCUUUGGUAUCUUGAUAUUGGAAAUAAUUAGUGGUAGAAGGAACACAAGCUUCUAUUAUGAUGAGCACCACCUAAGCCUUGUUUCUUAUGCAUGGCAAUUAUGGAGUGAAUGCAGGGCAAUGGAAUUGGUAGAUGAAGCAAUAUUGGGAGACUUAUGUAGUUCAUCAGAAGUAAUGAGAUGCAUACAUGUUGGGCUUUUGUGCGUACAGGACCAUGCCGAAGAUAGACCCACCAUGCCAGAAGUAGUUUUUAUGCUAAGUAAUGAAACUCAUUGUCCCAACCCCAAACAACCUGUCUUAACUGUUCGAAGCUCACAAAGACAGCAAAUGCUUAGUACAUGCUCUGUGGAUGAAGCUACCAUCUCCAUAGUUGAAGGGCGUUAAAGUCAGUUAUGUCACUAAUUAAGAUAACCUUCACAGACAGACUAUAUCGCUGUGCUUGUGGCCGAUCCAAAAGAUCGUUGGUUAAAGUUGUGCUACUUUUAUCAAUACACUUUUGCCAACACUAUAAAUAUGUACAUGUAAAAGUUUCAUCCGUAGUGCCACUGUAUUUCUAUUAUUUUCUAAAUAAUUCGAAUUAUCUA